UAAAGGACUGGAGUCUUUUCUGGUCUGGACUCUCACUCUGGAUUUGGGGUGUCCUGGGAAUCCGAAAACAAACACGGGACUGAACCACUCCACUGCCGCGCUCUUACAAAAGGUGUAGAUCCAAAACCCUUAGGUGCCUUUCCCCAACCACCACGCCUCGACACUCCCCGACCAAUCCAAUUGCUUCUUUUUUUUUUUCUCCUCUUCCACACUAUAAAUACAAAUGAAGGGGAAGAGGAAGGCAGCCGCAAGCCCCAAUAUGGCCUUGACAGAUGUUCUGGAGGAUGCCCAUAACAUGGUAGAGGUUCUUGUUCAAAGUGGGAAUGCUGCUGAGGACAAGGAACGAGAUGGGCUUUCUGAUAAUUUUGAGAAUCGGGAAGGUGAAGGAGAGGGAGAAGAAGAGGAAGAUGAAGGGGAUGAUGAUGACAAUGAAGACGAGGAAGAGAAAGGAGAAGAGGAACGGCCUAAGCUCGACGAGGGUUUCUUCGAAAUCGAGGCUAUUCGACGGAAACGUGUCCGCAAGGGUCAGCUUCAGUAUCUCAUAAAAUGGCGGGGCUGGCCGGAAACGGCCAACACCUGGGAACCCUUAGAGAAUCUGCAGUCAUGUUCUGAUGUCAUUGAUGCAUUUGAGGAUAGCUUGCGGUCUGGUAAAUCUUCACGAAAGAGGAAACGCAAGUAUGGAGGCCCUCAUAAUCAGCUGAAGAAGAAGCUUUCCCAUUCCUCUGUUGGCUAUAGCAUGACUGGUAUUGAAGUAAAUGUUGUGGAUAAACCUUUAUUCUCUGCUUCUCUAAAAAACCUGAGCCUUGCCAAUCGAGCUGCGGGUUCAGGUCAUGAAGGUGAGAAAAAUGAAGAUAUUAGCAAUGCCAAACUCAAAACAGUGAAGAAAGCUGAUGAGAAUGGGUACACCAAUGUUUCAAGGCAAACUUUUGACAAGAAAGAGGAUAAUGAAUAUGAUCCAAAGCUUAGUGAGCUGAGAGGAACACACACUACGAAUGAUGUGAAUGCAGACAUGCUUGCAAUACAUUUCCAUGAUGAUAAUGCUUCAAGAGGUGAUGUCCCCACAAAUGUGCUUCCCAGAGUUGACUAUGUGGAUUCUAAUCAGAACAGUCGGCGCACAGGUGCUAAGAGAAGGAAAUCUGGUUCUGUGAAGAGGUUUAAAAAGGACUUGGACAUGUGUGAAUCGCUUUGCUUCCAAAGUUCGCCAUUUUUCUUACAACCUUCACCAUUGAAUAUCUCUGUUGGGGCAACUGCACAGCUAGGAAUUGAAAAUGGGACAUUAGCAGGUACUAAUUCAAGUUACAAGCCAGUUGAUGAAAAUUCUAUAACUAUUUCCAAGAUCCUCAAGCCAAUAGGCUUCUCAGCUUCUGUGAUGGACAACGUUCAAGAUGUGCUAGUAAACUUUGUGGCCUUGAGGUCUGAUGGGAAAGAAGUCAUAGUAGAUAACAGGUUUCUCAAGGAUAAUAAUCCACUUUUGUUGAUUGACUUCUAUGAGCAACAUCUCAAGUACAGUACAUGAUUCAGUGGGGAAAUAGAAGGGAAGUUAUCGUAUGCGAUCCACAUGAUCCCAUCUUUUUGUCUAUGUACAGUUGUAAUUUUAUAGUUGCAGGAGAUAGUACAGGCCCUUUUGUAUGAUUAGAUAUUUUGUAGUUCAUCUGCCUACAGUUUGUGUUUCAAAAUAUUUAACUUGUAGAUUACUAGAACUCGUCUAUAACUGUAUUUGGUCUGUCAUUUGCCAAUGAAUAUCAUCUUUGUUUCUUAA